ACCACGGGAGGUGCCCGCGCAUUGCGGUCCCCCAGGCGGCCGCUUCCGGGUGGCGCCGGUGGCGCGGCCGUCGCUGUCGUCUGUCGCGACAGGGAGGCGGCCCGGCCGUGUCGGGGGUCGCCGGUCGCUGUCGCGAUGAGGGCGGGGGCGGUGCUGCGGCUCUGCUCGCGCCCGGGGCUCCGGUACCAGCAGGGGCAGCGGCCGGGGCCUGGAACCCGCGAGUAUUUUUAUUACGUCGAUCACCAGGGGCAGCUUUUCCUGGACGACACCAAAGUCAAGAACUUCGUCACCUGCUUCAAAGCUGUCCCCCCAGACGUCGCGUUCCUCUCCUUCUUCUUCCGGCGCCUGGAGCGGAACCGCAGCGGGCGCUACCAGGCGCAAUUCCCGUUCCUGUCCCGCUGCGGCCGCGAGCGCAAUUUCCUUCGCUGCUCCGACCUUCCCGUGGUUUUCACCCAAAUCCUGCCCGGCUCCCGUGGGAAUUCCCUGCUGUCCUACUGCGGGGGCGGCUCCGAGCUCACCGUGCCCUUCCAGCCGGGAAUGCUCGCGGUAUUCCCGGAAAACGGGCGCCUUUACCACCCGGCGCCGGAAAAAGUCGGCGGGGUUGGCUUGGUGCGUUCGGCGUUGGCCGAAGAGUUGAGCUCGGAAUUUCGAUUCGAGGACGGGCCCGAAAAGCCCCCGACGCAUUUUUGGUGGGAAGGGAAGAAGUAUCGGCUCUCCGGGGAAAUUUUGGGAAUUCUACGGGCGGAAAAAUCGGGAUUGGAGGUUGAAGCUGCGAUUUCGGCGUCUUAAAUGCCUAAAAUGCCCGGGAAAUCCUAAUGAAAUCCUAAUAAAUUAAUUCCAUCGUUCA